CCUAGUGGCGUUUAAUAAGGUCGACCGCUGGCAAACUUUGUUUAGAAAAAAAUUAAUCUAAAUUUUCGACUCCGAAUUCAAAUUGAAACGAGAAGUGCGACCCAAGCAAAGCGUUGCCAACUAAAUUCAACGAAAAACGUCGUCGUGCAGCGUUCGCCAAUCAGGAUUUAAACUUCAUAAACUUCCAAUCGGAAUUGACAAUGUUACGCUCACUUGCUACAACAACGACACGCAAUGAAUUUGCCGCACUGCGUGCUAUUAUUUCACGUACAUCGCCAACGGCAAGACGCACUGCCGCCAGCUAUGGAGUGCGUAGCCUGAGCACCUCCCACAACCUGCACUCAAUUUUCAGUUCAUCAAACUCAGGCAAAACACAGCGUAUUCCCAAACAAACGUCAGCAUGGAGCUACAACUUUGCACGCGCCUAUGCCGGUUUACCCGAUCACAUACGUGUGCCCUUGCCAGCGCUGUCACCCACCAUGGAACGCGGCUCCAUUGUCAGCUGGGAGAAGAAAGAGGGCGACAAACUCAAUGAAGGCGACUUGCUGUGCGAGAUUGAAACCGACAAGGCCACCAUGGGCUUCGAGACACCCGAGGAGGGUUUUCUGGCCAAGAUUCUGGUGCCAGGUGGUAGCAAGGAUGUGCCUGUAGGCCAACUAGUCUGCAUUAUAGUGUCCGAUGCCAGUCACGUAGCUGCCUUUAAGGAUUUCAAGGAUGAUGCACCAGCAGCAGCUGCGCCUGCUGCCGCAGCGCCCGCCCCACCGCCACCACCAGCUGCAGCUGCAGCACCUGCACCCGCAGCACCUGCACCCGCUCCAGCUGCUGCACCAGCUGCCGCUCCAGCCGCUGCCCCAAGCGGCGAUCGCGUCUAUGCAAGUCCCAUGGCCAAGCGUCUAGCCGAGACACAGCAGCUGCGUCUGCAAGGCAAAGGCUCUGGCGUCCAUGGUUCAUUCAAAUCUGGUGAUCUUGCAGGCCUUGCUCCUAAGCCCGCAGCAGCAGCAGCAGCACCCAAAGCCGCAGCAGCUGGUGCACCUGGAGCACGCUACAGGGAUAUACCUGUGACCAAUAUGCGUGCCAUCAUUGCCAAGCGUCUGCUUGAGUCUAAACAACAACUGCCACACUACUAUGUUACCGUCGACUGCCAGGUGGACAAGCUCUUGAAGUUCCGCGCUCAGGUCAACAAGAAGUACGAGAAGGAGGGCGCUCGCGUUUCUGUCAAUGACUUCAUCAUUAAGGCUGUAGCCGCUGCCUGCCGCAAGGUGCCAGAAGCCAACUCUGCCUGGAUGGACACUGUCAUUAGGGAGUAUGAGGAUGUGGAUGUCUCGGUGGCUGUAUCCACAGACAAAGGACUCAUUACGCCCAUUGUUUUCGGCGCAGAUCGCAAGGGCGUCUUAGAAAUCUCGAAGAAGGUCAAGGAGCUGGCGGGCAAGGCGCGCGAUAAUAAGCUGCAGCCACAGGAGUUCCAAGGCGGCACCAUUUCCGUAUCCAAUCUGGGCAUGUUUGGUGUAAACCAAUUCUGCGCUGUCAUUAACCCACCGCAAUCCUGCAUAUUAGCAAUUGGUACCACAACGAAAAAAUUGGUAGCUGACCCCGACAGCCUAAAGGGCUUCAAGGAAGUCAACAUGCUUACUGUUACUUUAAGCGCAGAUCACAGAGUCGUCGAUGGCGCUGUGGCCGCCAGAUGGAUGCAACAUUUCCGUGACUUCAUGGAGGAUCCACAGACAAUGAUAUUGUAAAUGAAGUAAAGCGAAAAAUCCUGCGCACGUGACCCUCACAACGAUCUUCGCGUACCUUGUUUUAUUAACGUCAAAAGAUAAAUUGUGUAAAUUUAUUUCAACAUCGGAUAUUGCUGCCACGCCCUACGAUAGUUAUAUAUAUAUAUGCAUAUAUAUGGCUUUUAGCGCAAAGUAAAAGUAACGCAUACAAUUAUUUGUUAGUGGCCAAACACUCACAGCACUCUUGGCGCUAACGCAUUGAUAUUUUGAUUCACAUACUCGGCCUAUUGUAAAUUUUCCGUUUUAAUUGUCUAUAAAAAAUUGUAUCGGGUAUAUAACAAAAAAAAAAAAAAGAAAAAUUGUU